GAAUGUCAAGCUCGGGGCUGCUGUUACAGCCCUGUUUCACGCAAGCGCCCUACCGUUGCCCAGCCUUGGUGCUUCUUCCCUCCUAGCUAUCCUAGCUACAAGAUGGUGAACUUGACAACCACUGAAACGGGCUAUACUGCCCACUUGACCCGAGACAGGCCCACUUUCAUGCCGGAUGACAUAAUGAACUUGCAGCUCGAUGUGGUCUUUGAAACGGAGAGUAGGGUUCAUUUUAUGCUUAAGGAUCCAGCUAACAAGCGCUAUGAGGUUCCUUUAGAAACCCCGCAAACAACCAACAAGGCAUCUUCAAUGCUCUACUCUGUACAGUUCUCAGACGAUCCCUUUGGCCUCGUAAUCCUUCGGAAUUCAAGCAAGCGGGUUCUGCUCAAUACAACAGUGGCCCCUCUGUUUUUCGCGGACCAGUUCCUGCAGAUCUCCACCUCAGUACCAUCACCUUUCAUCUCUGGCCUGGGUGAGCACUUGACCUCACUCAUUCUUGAUGUCAAUUGGACAAAGGUUACCCUGUGGAAUCGGGACGUACUGCCUGUGCCUUCUGCCAACUUGUAUGGGUCACACCCCUUCUACCUGGCCUUGGAAGAAGGUGGUUUAGCUCAUGGAGUUUUUCUGCUAAAUAGUAAUGCUAUGGAUGUGAUCCUCCAGCCCAGCCCAGCUCUGACAUGGAGAACAACUGGAGGAAUCCUGGACUUCUUUGUCUUCCUGGGCCCAGAUCCAAAGAGUGUGGUGCGCCAAUAUAUGGAUGUCAUUGGGUACCCGUUCAUGCCCCCCUACUGGGCCCUAGGAUUUCACCUCUGUCGCUGGGGUUACACUUCCACUGCUGUCACUCGGGAGGUAGUGAAGAACAUGACGGCAGCACACUUCCCCUUGGAUGUGCAGUGGAAUGACCUAGAUUAUGCAGAUGCAAAGAGAGACUUCACUUUCAACCAGGAUGGUUUCUCAGAUAUGCCGCAAAUGGUGAACGAUUUCCAUCGUCAGGGUCGGAGGUACGUCAUGAUUGUGGAUCCAGGUAUCAGCAGUUCCGGCCCUUCUGGCAGUUAUAAGCCUUAUGAUGAAGGCCUAAAGUGAGGGGUCUUCAUCUUAAAUGCAACAGGACAGCCUCUGAUUGGGAAGGUUUGGCCUGGGCCCACUGCCUUCCCUGACUUCACCAAUCCAGAGACACAGCGGUGGUGGCAAGACAUGGUCAAGGAUUUCCACGACCAAGUGCCUUUUGAUGGAAUGUGGAUUGACAUGAACGAGCCAUCAAAUUUUGUGGAAGGUUCCCUGGAAGACUGUCCUCCCAACAAGCUUGAAAAUCCCCCUUACGUGCCAGGUGUACUAGGUGGAUCCUUGAAGUCACGAACUCUUUGUGCUUCCAGUAAGCAAUAUCUAUCUUCACACUACAACCUCCACAAUCUAUAUGGGCUAACAGAAGCCAUCGCAUCACAUGAUGCUUUGGUGAAAGUUCGAGGAAAGCGCCCAUUUGUGAUCUCGCGCUCCACCUUUGCCAGCCACGGCCGCUAUGCUGGCCACUGGACUGGAGAUGUCUUGAGCAACUGGGAACAUUUAUACUACACCAUACCAGCGGUGCUGCUGUUUAACUUCUAUGGUGUGCCACUGGUUGGUGCUGAUGUCUGCGGUUUUGUGGGCAACACAUCAGAAGAGCUCUGUGUGCGUUGGACUCAACUGGGUGCCUUCUACCCCUUUAUGCGAAACCACAAUGACCAUAAGAACAUGCCCCAGGAGCCCUACGUCUUCAGCCCAAAGGCCCAGCAGGCCAUGAGAAGCGCCCUCUUCCUGCGCUACUUACUGCUGCCUUACCUCUACACCCUCUUCCACAAAGCUCACUCUGCAGGCGAGACGGUUGCCCGGCCCCUUUAUCUAGAGUUCCCAGAAGAUCCCAAUACGUGGAAGGUGGACCGGCAGUUCAUGUGGGGAUCUGGGCUUCUCAUCACUCCUGUGUUAGAAGCAGGGAAGACAGAAGUCAGUGGUUACUUCCCUCCAGGGACGUGGUACAACCCUCUGACUGGAUCCACCAUACACAGCAAGGGGCAAUGGGUUCUCCUACCAGCUUCACUUGACACCAUCAACGCCCAUGUACGGGCAGGCUGCAUCUUACCCUUGCAGGAACCUGCUUUCACAACCACAGAAUCCCGCAAAAAUGGAAUGAUUCUGGUGGUGGCUCUGACAGAGGAUGGGGUGGCCAGAGGUGACCUAUUCUGGGAUGACGGUGAAGGCCUGCUGACCUUUGAAAAGGGUGAUUACACACAGAUCGCUUUUCUGGCAGGAAAUGGUGUGCUGGUGAAUGAGAUUGUGCAGCUCAACAGCCAGGUGGAUGGGCUACAGCUCAAAGAUGUGAUGGUUUUUGGUAUCCUCAGUCCUCCUCAUAAGGUCCUGGCAAAUGGCGUCCCGGUCUCAGACUUUUCCUACCGCACAGAUACCAAGGUAAGCAGGUCUCAGGGCUGUCCUGUUCGGCUUGCGUGGCAAAAAGAGGUUCCACAGCAGUUCAACACUCAAGGCCUUCUGUGGAUGUGGCACACGCGUUUGGAGCUAUAAAGUAUA